AUGCUUUCCAGAUCUGUUUUGGCCCUUGCAGGGUUCAUCUCCCUCAGCACGGCAGGGUACGUGCUUGAGGAUGACUACAGCGGAGACCAGUUCUUCUCGAUGUUCGAUUUUUUUACCGACCGAGAUCCCACAAAUGGGUACGUGACCUACGUCGACCAAACGACUGCUCAGAGUAACAACCUCAUCGGCACCAAUAACGGCUCUGUAUACAUUGGAGUGGACCACACCAACGUCGCCAGCGGCCUUGGCCGCAGCAGCGUCCGUCUAACAAGCACCAAAACCUACACUCACGGCCUCAUCAUCCUCGAUCUUAACCACAUGCCAGGCGGCAUCUGCGGGACAUGGCCGGCCUUCUGGACCGUCGGUGCCGACUGGCCCAACAACGGAGAAAUUGAUAUCAUUGAAGGCGUGAAUUCCCAGGUUGGCGACGCGAUGACCCUACAUACGAGGGAAGGAUGCAGUAUUUCCAGCAGCGGUAAUUUCUCAGGGUAUGCAUUGACGACAGACUGUUAUGUCGAUGCGGAGGGGCAAGCCUCGAAUGCGGGAUGCCAGAUCCUGGACUCCAACGACCCUGCAAGCUACGGCACGCCGUUCAACGAGGGGCAAGGGGGCGUCUUUGUAACGGAGUGGACGAGCGCGGCUAUCAAAAACUGGUUCUUCCCACGAGGCAGCGAGCCGUGGGACAUUGCGUCUGGCUCGCCCGACCCGAGCUCAGGGUCGUGGGGGACACCCGUGGCGUCAUUUUCAGGCGGAUGCGAUAUCGACAGCUUCUUCAGCAACCACCAGAUCGUGUUCGACACCACGUUUUGCGGUGACUGGGCCGGCAACGUUUGGAGCACGGACUCGGUCUGCUCGUCCAAGGCCAGCACCUGCGAGGACUUUGUCCAGAACAACCCGUCUGCGUUCGCGGAUACGUACUGGUCCGUGAACUCGCUCAAGGUGUACCAGAACCCCUUCGGAUCGUCGAGCAACGGCACGACCCAUGGUCCACCGUCGCCCUCGAUCCCUGUCAGCAUCCCGCCUUGGAGUUCAGCCGUCUCGGGCGGAUGGCCUUCUGCUGCUGCCUCUACCGCCACCGCCACCGCCACCGCCAGUGACGCCCCAACUGCCGGAUUCAGUCGUGGCGGCAACGGCCGCUUCACAAAGACUUGGGGCGGCAAUAAUGGUGAUGGCGGUGCCGGUGCUUUCGCCGCCACGUCCACGGCGGCCGACGCUUCUCAACCUGAAAUCACGUCCGGACCUUCGUUGGGAGGUGGUGACGGUGGUUCAUUUGCGACCGACUACACCACCGUCACAGCACUAACCUACGGUGACUUCUCCGGCCGCCAGGGCCAAAAAGUCAAGCGCGAUGCCUCCCCCGGAGUCGGGGAGAUUGACCAGGUCAGGGGACACAUGCAGACGCACAGAAAGGUGCACCGGCACCUGUUCAAGCACGUUGGCUUGGCUGGGAUGGGCCCUGGGUCUGCUGCUGAAGAAUGA